CAGGAAGUCGGUACGUGGCCGCCGCCGGAGCCCGCCGAGGAGGCGCAGCGGCCGGAGAUGGCGGCGGUGUUGAGCACGGAGCGGCUCGAGGUGUCCGUGGACGGCCUCACGCUGAGCCCCGACCCGGAGGAGCGGCCCGGCGCGGAGGGCGCUCCGCUGCUGCCGCCGCCCUCGGCCCCGGGGUCCGGCAGGGGCCCGGGAGCCGCGGACGAGCAGCCGGCGUGCGGGGAGGCGGCGGAGGAGGCGCGGCGGCUGGAGCAGCGCUGGGGCUUCGGCCUGGAGGAGCUGCACGGCCUGGCGCUGCGCUUCUUCAGAGAAAAAGAUGGCAAAGCCUUUCAUCCAACUUACGAAGAAAAGUUGAAGCUUGUGGCACUGCAUAAGCAAAUUCUUAUGGGCCCAUAUAAUCCAGACACUUGUCCUGAGGUUGGAUUCUUUGAUGUGUUGGGAAAUGACAGAAGGAAGGAGUGGGCUGCCCUGGGAAGCAUGUCUAAAGAGGAUGCCAUGGUACAGUUUGUCAGGCUCUUAAAUAGAUGUUGCCAUCUCUUUUCAACAUACGUUGCAUCCCACAAAAUAGAGAAGGAAGAGCAAGAGAAAAAAAGGAAGGAGGAAGAGGAGCAAAGGCGACGGGAAGAGGAAGAAAGAGAACGUCUGUUAAAGGAGGAAGAGAAACGUAGGCGAGAAGAAGAGGAGAGGCUUAGGCGGGAGGAAGAAGAGAGGAGGCGAAUGGAAGAAGAGAGGCUUCGGCUGGAGCAGCAGAAGCAGCAGAUAAUGGCAGCUUUAAACUCCCAGACUGCCGUGCAGUUCCAGCAGUAUGCAGCCCAACAGUAUCCAGGGAACUACGAGCAGCAGCAGACUCUCAUCCGCCAGCUGCAGGAGCAGCAUUAUCAGCAGUACAUGCAGCAGUUGUAUCAAGUUCAGCUUGCACAGCAACAGGCAGCAUUACAGAAACAGCAGGAUGUGGCAGUGGCUGGAGCUUCUUUGCCUACUUCGUCAAAAGUGAAUGCAGCUGUCCCAAGUGAUGUGAUGUCCGUUAAUGGGCAGGCUCAGACCCACACUGAGAACUCUGAAAAAGAACUUGAGCCAGAAGCUGCGGAAGAAGCCCUGGAGAACGGACCGAAAGAAUCUCUUCCAGUAAUAGCAGCUCCAUCCAUGUGGACUCGUCCCCAGAUAAAAGACUUUAAAGAGAAGAUUCGGCAGGAUGCAGAUUCUGUGAUUACAGUGGGCCGAGGAGAAGUGGUCACUGUUCGAGUCCCCACCCACGAAGAAGGAUCUUAUCUGUUUUGGGAAUUUGCUACAGACAGUUAUGACAUUGGGUUUGGGGUGUACUUUGAAUGGACAGAUUCUCCGAACACUGCUGUCAGUGUACAUGUCAGCGAGUCCAGUGACGACGAUGAGGAGGAAGAAGAAAACAUCACUUGUGAAGAGAAAGCCAAAAAGAAUGCCAACAAACCUCUGCUGGAUGAGAUUGUGCCUGUGUAUCGACGGGACUGUCACGAGGAAGUAUAUGCUGGCAGCCACCAAUACCCAGGGAGAGGAGUCUACCUCCUCAAGUUCGACAACUCCUACUCUUUGUGGAGAUCCAAAUCCGUCUACUACAGAGUCUAUUAUACUAGAUAAAAUUGUUACCAUGUCUGGAAUCUAGGGUAGGGCAGAGGAUGGCGUUUACUUUCUUUUGACCUAUGUGGAGCAUUGGAGUCAGUGUUUACCGGCAAGAUUUUGGUCUGAUGGUUUGUGAACUCUUGUUGGGGAUCAGGAUUUCCUUGAAACUCUUUAGCAUUAAUAUUUUGGGGUUAAGAAGGAUUUCUCAGACUCAUCUAGCGCUUGGGUGCUGACCAGCAGAAGCACUAGUGGAUGUUAAAUAUUCAAAGUCCCUAAAACAAAACAUGCCAGCAUCGACCCACCUGGCUGAUGCUUAGUUCGCUGCUGCCUGCUCCGUGUAUUUUAUUGGAGCCAUAGACACGGUGCCCUCUAAUUUGAAGUGCUUAUCUGAAUAGUUUACAUCAGAGGCAGCUGGCUUUGAUUGAAGGUCACCAUUAUUGCAACUUAAAAACUCAAGACCUCACAGAUUAUAGUAGAAAGAGAAAUUGCCUCAAUUUGAUCUUGCUCUGAAUGACACUAUUUUUAGUUUGAGUGCACCUGUUUGUUUAGUUGAGCGUUAUAUUGUAGAGAUUUUCUGAGAUAAACUUAGAAUAUUCAGGUCCAGUAGACAACCGAAGUGUCAGAAUACAGAGAACGCCCCAGACACCUUCUCCAGUCUCCACGGGCACUCAGGCCUUUGCUCUCCAUCCAGUAUUCCUACCACCAGUAGCAAAACAAAAUCAAUUAAUUUUUUGUUUUGAUUUGGCUUUAUAAAGCAUCUCAAAUUGAAACUUUUCUGCACAAAGCAUAUAGCUUGGGAUUUUGUAAACUCAAACUGACAGCUACUGAGUUAAAAUAUAUAAAGUCAUUUAAAGAUAAUUCAGUGUUUGGGGAGUACCAUUACACUAAUAUGGGAAUCACUGCCAGAGACAGUCCAUUUUCUUUUCAUUUGUUACUAAGGCACAAACCCUAUAUGAUUCCAGUUGGAGUUAUUAGAAUUGGAAAUGCUUAUACUCAUGCUUACAUUUUAUAGCUUUAAUCUGUAUUAUGUCUUUAGUCAUGGGAAGAGCUACAUCUUUUUCUUACCAAAAGCAAAUAUGGAUUAAUUGCCUCAAAUUUAUGUGGUAAAUCUAGAGAUUCUUCUUUUCAGAAGGGAGGGUGGUAUAGAUAGAAAAUGACAACACUUAGUGUCAUUGUUAUGUUGUACUGAAAGACUUAGAUUUUUAAAAUUUGAAAUCAUAGAACACUUCUUACAGGAGGGAUUCCAUGAUUAGCUGCAAUAUAGUUCACUACAUACCAGCUGUUGUUGAGGUUUUUGUGUGCUGCAUUUCUUGAAUACCCGGUUUUGUAUGUAUCUAACUUUGUUUUCUCUUGGUUGUUCAGAAAACUGGAUUAUUUUCCUCCCAAACACUGCUUAACUUGUGUCUCUAAAGUCUGAUUGAGAAGCAGUCCCCAUGCCCACACUGUUAGCUCCAGAACACGCUAGCCCAUCCCACAGCUCUCACGCAUACAUGGCGUAGAAACCUUGGAAUUAGGCACUUCCUGGCUUUUUUUUUUAAUGAGAAAAAUACUGUAUUUAAAAUGUAAAAUAAACUUUUCAAAAGCAGGCACUAA